AGCUGCCGGACUUUGAGAAUUGAUCGAAAAUUAAAUAUCACGAAACGGAUAUUUUGCUCGUUAUUAAUGGGCUAUGUGGUGUAAACGGAUAAAUAUAUCGUGAUAUAAACGCGAUAUUGGAAACCUUAUAUCUAAAAAUAUAUUAAUUUGUCAGUGGCUUUUGUACAUUUCACGAGGAAAGAAAUCUGCAGGUCGAGCAAAAUGAGCAAGAUAUCACGUUAUCCCUCUGAUGGCAAAGUCUAUGUGGGAGACUUGGGAAGCAGUGCUAGUAAACAAGCAUUGGAGGAUGCUUUUUCUUAUUAUGGACCAUUGCAAAAUGUUUGGGUUGCCCGAAACCCUCCUGGAUUUGCCUUUGUUGAAUUUGAAGAUCCCCGAGAUGCUGAAGACGCAGUAAGAGGACUAGAUGGUCGUUUUCUGUGUGGAAGACGUAUCCGUGUGGAACUAUCGAAUGGAAAGAAAUUACAAAGAGACAGAGGUUUCAGAAGAGGAAGUGGAAGACCUUUUCAUCCAGAUGAUAGAUGUUAUGAGUGUGGUGAAAAGGGUCAUUAUGCCAGAGACUGUCAUCGCCGUAGAAGUUCACAUAGAAGAAGGUGGUCACGUUCAAGAUCCAAAUCAAAAUCACGAUCUCGAUCGCGCUCACGUUCCUGCUCAAGAUCGCGAUCGCGGUCUCGCUCACCACGGCGUAGCCAAUCGUAUAGUAGAAGUGCCAGAGACAAAUAUCGCAAGAAAGGAAGAUCUAAUUCUAGAGAUCGAAGCAAGUCAAAAUCUCGAUCGGGCUCUAGAUCACGAAGCAGAUAAACUGGAUGUGAAUUAAUCAACGCUCGACAACAGAUUCUUGAUUUAGUAAUUUAAAGAAGUUGCGACUUUUUUUUAUUUCAAAGGCUUUAUCAAUUACUAACUAAUUAAGAAUAUGAGUCUAUAUAGUAUAAUAUUAAAAAGAUCAUUAACUUUCCUGCAUGGGAGUAUGCAUUUUAUACAAUAAGAAGAGAUAAUCUCUUUAACAACAUUGUUUUAAAAGGUUUAUUGUGUUCUUAUUGUGCGUUUUUGAGUUGCUGUAAGUUGAGAUGUUCAAUAAAAUAGUUUUACAGGUA